UGGGAGUUUCGCCAUAAAUUUGACGUUUUCGUAUUGUACCGAUUUAAUUCACUUUCGUCAUUCACAGUUAAAAAGUAUUAACUUAUAUUCAACAAACAUGGCCCUACCGUCAGAUGCUAUAUUCCAAAAAAUUAUUGAUGGUGUUAAAGACAAUGAAGCAAAAGCUAAAGCCGUAAAUGGUGUUUUUCUGUAUAAAAUUACAAAGGAUGGCAAAGUAGUCAAAGAAUGGACAAUUGAUUGCAAAAACGUUAAAGUUUACGAAGGACCAGCAAAGGAUGUUAAAGUUGACACAACCUUAACCUGUUCCGAUGAAGACUUUGUUGACAUUGCCUUAGGCAAAUUGAAUCCACAAGCAGCGUUUAUGAAAGGAAAGCUAAAGAUUGCUGGCAACAUCAUGUUGACACAGAAGCUGGCACCUCUGUUGAAGACUGACUCCAAGUUGUAAAUACUGACAGAGGUUUUACAUUUUUUAUAUGUAAUCUGAUAAUUAAGCAGUAAUAAUAUUCCAGUAAAUUUGUAUGUGGGUUCGAUACGGUGAUGAUGUAUAUAAUAUGAAACACGUUUACUUAAUAAUGCUAUAAUAAAUCCUUUUUUACACAUCAAA